CUCUCUCUUUCUUUCCUUCUUAGGUUUUAUUGAUCUCCAUUUUGCUUCAUCAUUACUGCCUUUCCCUCUCUAUUUCUGCAAAAAUCUUCGUUUCAGAGGUUCAUUGAAUACUAAUAAUCUCUGAGAUCGUUUCGUUUUUUCUCUUUCAUUCUCUUCAAGUUUUGUAUUUGAUGGGUUUGAAUUUAUGAGCUCUUGCUCACUGAACUUUCUAGCUUUGCUCUCUUUCGUGCUUCAAAACAAGGUUUCGCUUUGUUUUGCUCUGUUUCUCGUAUUCAUCUCGAUGCUCUACAAUGUCUGAUGCUGGUGGAUUUCUUUGAAAAUCGAGUCCGGAAGCCAUUGAUUACAAAGUGAGUGUUCUUUUAAUUAGUAUUUUAUGGCUUCGACCUCAAUUUCAUGACCUGGGUAGUGAAAGUUUUGGCGAGAAAUGGGUGGUACGAACUCCAAAAUCGAGAACAACGAAGCCCUACGCCUUUGUAAGGAGCGAAAACGGUACAUCAAACAGGCCAUCGAUUCGAGAUACGCUCUAGCCGCUGCGCAUGUUUGUUACGUUCAGGCCCUCAGAAACGUCGGCGUUUCUCUCCGACGAUAUGCCGAGGCUGAGGUGUUGAUAGAAUCGUCUUUGUCAACAUCGGCUACCGAGAUCGACAAAACGCCGUCGCAUUCCUCUUAUCCGUCUCCAUGUCCGUCGCACACUGCCGAUGCUUCGGAGUCUCCAUUGCAGGAAAGCCCCAUUUCUCCGCCGAUAGCCACUAUUAGUUACAUGGUCGCCGGAGGUGGAACUCCUCUUACUGUCAAGGUCCGGCCAAGUAACCAUAGUUUUGUGUAUGAAGAAUCAGUUGCUGAUUCUUCCCAUUGCCUCCACCACCCCCGCCGCCACUCCACGAGUCAGGGCCGUCUUGGAUUACUUUGA